UUUGAAAAUGCCGCGAUAUGAUGACCGAUAUGCCAGUACGCGUCUCUAUGUUGGACACCUGGCUGCUAGGACACGAUCACGGGAUCUGGAACAUCUUUUCAGCAAAUAUGGGCGGUUUCUGGCCUCUUGCCUAACCUGGAGGUCUAUGGUGAGAGGGUUGCCAUGAUGGAAUUGGUGGAAUUUCUUGCCAAGUUAUAGGAGACUUUGGCGAUUCUUUCUAUUAUGUUAUUGCGUGUUUUUAUGGAAUUGGCAACAAUCUCAAACUGGUGUUUAGUUCGUCUAUGAGGGGUGAAGUAUCAUACACUUGCAGUACUUAAGUAAUGAUGGCCUUACUGUUUGUGGCAACCAUUUCGCAGAGUACGAGAUGUGGAUAUGAAGCGUGACUAUGCAUUUGUUGAAUUUAGUGAUCCCAGAGAUGCUGAUGAUGCAAGGCAUUACUUAGAUGGCAAGGAGUUUGAUGGAAGUCGUAUCAUUGUGGAAUUUGCAAAGGGGGUACCUCGUGGUUCUCGAGAAUAUUUGGGCAGAGGUCCUCCUCCAGGAUCUGGACGCUGCUUUAAUUGUGGCAUUGAUGGCCACUGGGCUCGAGAUUGCAAAGCUGGAGACUGGAAGAACAAGUGUUAUCGUUGUGGGGAAAGAGGUCAUAUAGAGAGAAACUGCAAGAACAGUCCCAAGAAACUCACGCGGGGGAGGAGUUACUCUCGAUCACCAGGUAGAUCACGCUCUCCUCACCGUGGCAGAAGCCGCAGCCCAAGUUAUAGCCGAGGUCGAAGCUACAGCCGAUCAAGAUCCCCACCACCAAAGAGAGAGCGAAGUGUUGAGAAUGAGAACAGGUCAUUGAGCCCUGAACCAAAGAGUACAAAGGCCAGGAAGCGCAGCCCAACACCUGAUGAAGGCAGCCCACGCCCUUCUCCCAAAUCUCGAAAACUGGAUGAUGAGCAAGAUAGAGAGUACAGUGGCAGCCCCACGGGAAGAAGCAGAAGCAGAAGCAGAAGCAGAAGCCCUCGAGAUGAGAGGUAUAGAAGUCCUCAGACUAAUGGUCGCAGCCGCAGUCCCAGUCCCAGGGAUGAUAGAAGCCCUGUUGAUGAUGAUUAUGAGGACAACAACCGCUCCCCGAGAGAUAGUGACGUGUCACGUUGAAAUGCACCAUCCCAAUGGAAUUGGUGUACCUGUUUGCACUUCCCAAUCGUCACCAAGACACCUUAAGUUUGCGCUAUUUAGAUGGUCAAACAUUUUAUAUGCUAAGUAGAGAUGUAAUUUGAAACUUUUUAUUUGGAUUAGGGAGCCUAUUUUAAUCAUUUGGUAUGGAGAGCUAUGCAUUCAAAUU